CCUGUCCUUUGUGGCUCCAGCCUUCAUGAGGAGAGAGAAGCCCAGCCAGGUGAGAGUCUGCUCACCUGAAGAGACGGACUCUGAGGAGGUGCAGCUCUGGACCUCUGGAUUGACCGGUGCUCGAGUGUGGAAGCCACCAACAGUCAGACAGGGGUCUCUACAACAGCCCAGUACGUCAGAUGCAGUUUCUGUACAGAGUCACUCAGGGUGGGGCUGGAGUGACCAGGAGGUCUCUGGAGGGACCACUCCUUCUCAUCCAGAGAUCGACCCCCCCGGAGGAGGAGUAGAGAGGGGCUCUGCAGUCCAGGAGGAGGUCUCCUUGGUCUGUGAUGAGUGUAGGACUUUCUUCCUCGAAGAGUGCGAGGUCCACGGUCCUAUCGUCUUCAUGGCUGAUCGCCCCGUUGCUGUCGGAGAGAAAGACAGAGCCAAGAAGACGCUGCCCGCUGGGUUUGAGAUCAGAGAUUCUGGGAUCCCUGGGGCCGGUCUAGGGGUGUUUUACUGUGGAGACGGUGGCCUUCCCAUUGGAACACACUUUGGACCCUACGAAGGACACAGGACCGAUGAAGAGGGAGCCCUGGAGAGUGGAUACUCCUGGGAGACACAAUGA